AUGUCUGACACUGAGCAGCUGUUUGGAACUGACGGUGACAUGUACGACGAGUUUGAUUGUGAUAAUAAUGAUGAAGAAAAUGGUGAAGAAGAAAAUAAGGGAAUAGUGGUGAAAGAAGAAGAGGAUUCGGAGAUUGAGAACGAUGUUUUGGAAAGUGUCGAUCAACCAGUAGGCAAUGAAUCAAAAAUUAAAAAUGAAAAGCCGACUGAAACUCAAAUUAAUAUGUACGAUGAUGAGUAUCGUUGGUUUAUGAAAGACAAUUUUCCUUCACCUAAAAAUGUCAAUGAAAUGAAUGAGACAUUGAGUGAGAAUGAAGAAUCGGAAACUGACUCUGAUGCCACUGAAACUGAUGAUGAGGAUUAUGAAGCAGUCAGUGAACCUCAGCCAACUGAAGCAGUGGUCAAUGAAAUUUCUAGCAGUUCAUCAGAGGAACAACAAACAAACCCUCGACAAAGAACAGUCAAAAAGCACAAGUGUCAGCAGUGCAACAAAAGCUUUGAUCGUCCAUUUCAUCUCAAAGAACACCAAUCGGUGCAUACUGGUGCUCGACCGUACAAAUGCACAGUUUGCUCGAAAUCAUUCACACAAAUUG